AUGUUUAUACAACUUCUGUUGCUCCUUCUUUCCACCCUUGUUGGUGCAAACCAACAUCAGAACCCUUCUUUCAGCAACUAUGAGAGUGUCUUGUCCUUAAGGGGUACGAGUGGCGGUCGAGGUCACAAAGACACAACAAAUAUCAGCAUCGUCAGUAAUGAGUUUGGGAGAUCAAUGCUAUACGCUGGAUUGGGUCUCCUACUCUUUUUCCUAACAUGGAUGGUCGGCCUUCGCAUUUCUGCGCACAUUAGACAUCUUGCGAAUUUGAACAAUGGUACACAGAACCACUUCGUUCCUUCGGGCCUGUAUUGGGCGUGGUUGAAACGUCAUGUUAUAUACGCUCCCAUGUUCCGCGUUCGUCAUAAUCGCGAGAUUCGAUUGUCAUCUGCGAUAAAUUUUGGAACUCUCCCGACUCGUUUUCAGGCAGCCCUGCUGAUGGGGAUUUUUGCAAUGAAUAUAACGUUAUGCUGCGUUGCUGUCCCAUAUGGAUCGACAGAAGAAGAUCUUUUAACCACUAUCCAGAUUCGAUCCGGGAUACUGGCAGUGGUCAACUUGCCGCCUCUCGUGUUCAUGGCUGCUAGAAACAACGCAUUGAUUAAAUUGCUGGGAGUCUCUUUCGACACGUGGAAUCUUCUUCACCGCUGGCUUGGUCGAAUCGUGGCUUUCGAGUCCUUCAUUCACGUCAUUGCAUAUAUGGUUAAGAAAGUCCAUACCUCGGGCUGGAAUGCGCUCAUGGUGACAAUCACACAGAGCAAACUUAUCAAGACUGGAUUAAUUCUGAUUAAUACUGAGGCCGUCUCCAUCCUGGCUAUGAUAUUAAUCCAUUCUCCAUCACCAAUACGACACGCAUUUUAUGAGACCUUUUUACAUUUUCACAUUGUCUUUGUCGCCGCUUUCUUGGGAUUUUUGUGGAUCCACCUGGAAAACCAACCUCAACAACCGUAUGUACCCAGUGUAGUCGGUAUAUGGGCCAUUGAGAAUCAGCGAGCGGUCCGGUGGAUACGUGCAGCCUAUCUCAGUCUGGGCAAAGGAGGGACAACUGCAACCGUCGAGGUUUUGCCGGGUGAUGCCAUGCGCAUUACAUUGCGAAUUGUGCGACCAUGGGUAUUCAAGCCGGGCCAACAUCUAUAUCUUUACCUGCCAGCAGUCGGAUUGUGGAUGUCCCAUCCGUUCACUGCAGCUUGGAGUGACACCGAGGAGGUCCCCUUGGAUAAUGGGGGUCUUGUCAGGACUAAACAGGAUGUUCUCAAACUGCAGAGGGCUAACAUUUCCCUGGUAGUUCGACGGAGGACGGGUCUAACCAACAGAUUGUAUAACCGCACUUGCCGGGCUGCUGACGGCCGGCUUACCUUUCGAGCCGUGGUUGAAGGACCCUACGGCACAGAACAUUCCCUCGAUUCAUACGGGACAGUCAUACUUAUCGCCGGUGGCGUCGGCAUCACGCACCUGAUUUCCUAUGUGCGACACCUCGUUGCAGGUUUCGCCAAAGGUACGGUCGCCGCACGACGAGUGACGUUGGUCUGGAUUAUUCAAUCUCCAGACCAUCUUGAGUGGGUAAAGCCGUGGAUGACGAGCAUCUUGAGCAUGGAACGCCGUCGUGAAGUCCUACGGGUGAUGUUGUUCAUCACGAGGCCGCGCAAUAUGAAAGAAAUCCAGAGCCCCAGCACCAAAGUGCAGAUGUUCCCCGGAAAACCUGACAUUGAGAGGUUACUCGAUGGCGAGGUGGAAAACCAAGUCGGCGCAAUGGGAGUCCUUGUCUGCGGUACGGGAAGUUUGAGUGACGAUGUCCGGAAAGCAUGCCGAGAGAGGCAAUCCCCAACGCAUAUCGACUUUAUCGAAGAGUGCUUCACCUGGUAAAUUUAUUUUGUUUUCUUUCCCAUUUCUUGAUAUGACCUUUUGAUGUCAAUGUCUGCGUGGGGAUUUUCAGCGUCUAUACACC